AUGUCAGGAAGUGAAGGAACAUGCGCUUAUCUUCAAUUGAUAUUGUCCAUAUAUAAGGCAUACAUUGAAAAGGAGACAGAUCCAUUAAACCGACUUUAUCAUGCUUACUAUGCAGUUAGCUUUAUUAGACGGUGGAGAUCUGAUUUGGAUAACAAGUCAUGUGGCGAUUUUAUAACAUCAAAUGUUUGGACUUGCGUGGAACUAAAUUUUGUAUUUCUCCUGAGUUUAAUAUUAAAAGAACUAGGGCAUAUAAUAAUUAUUUGGAACUCACAGCCGUGUGAGGAACUUUUUCGAACAUUGCGCUCUUUAUCAAGUUUUUGCUUGACAGAAAUUAAUUUUAGCUCUCUAGAAGUUCUCGAGAAAAUCAAUAGAAUUCAAAUUCUUCAUGAUAUUGCGUUUGAUUUGCGAGAAAACUUUGUUUUGCCUGAGAACGAAAAGAUCAAAUCUGAUAGUUUGAUUUCGAAUGAUGUUCCUGUAUACUAUCCAUCAAUUGAAGAAUGCAAGACUGUUUUAGAUAAAGCUUCCAAAGAUGCUGAACAAAUGUGCAAAACAUUGAAAAUGAAAAAAAUUGAGGAGUGUAAUCCAGAAAUAAAUAAUCACAAUAAAAAAAAUAACUUAUGGUUAUUAGUAGAUGAAAAGUUUAGAGUAUCUAAGGAUAGGUCUAUGUGGUUUCGAAGUGGAAGGAAGGAAAUUACUAUUGAACGAGUGAUAACUGAAGAUAAUUUUUAUAAAAUUAAGGCUCUAGUUCAUGGAGAUGUAAUUUGUAUGAAAAGUGAUUUGGAUACUAAUGUUUGCAUCAUUGGCAAAGUAAUGAAUUUUAAAUAUGAACAUGAAACUGCAAAAAAAGAUAAGAAAUUUCCUUUUUCGUAUGUCAUGUUAAAUAUAAAUAAGAAAGUUUCAUUAAGAUUGUCACCUUGUGUUUACGUAACCAAAAGAGCUAAGCUCAUGCCAUGUAAUCUAAAGUAUAUACCAAUUUCAAGUUACAUUCUUAGUGUUAAAGAAAACAAUUACUCAAAGGUUCCUUAG